AUGGGCCUCUUGAGCCAAAGCUCCCGCGCAUGUACACGUACAUGUGAAGUUGGCAGUCAGGUUGAAACAGACAGCAGGUCCCGACCCCAACACGUGAACAGUAGUCUGAUAUUUGUGUUGAGAAAGGUAACGUUAAUUUGAAAAUAACCACACCAAUCUUUUCUCCUACACACACCAUUUGCGCUAAGCUAUAGCUAAGCUAGCUACUUCAGCCGGUUUGCAGUUAUGCUUACUGCCGUGCGGUGUAUGCUGUCCAAGCUAGUUUCUCCAUUGUGGAGGGCAGCUGAGGUGAAUGGAGACGACCAUUUGAUUGGCACACAAGACAUGGAGGACGUUCGCCACCUGCGGGACAGUGUAGUAACCCAGCUGUGCCUUGACUAUGGCCUGAUAGAUGAUGCAGUCUACUUCACAAGUGGAGAGGUGUUGGGCGGAGUACCACUGAAAGAAGGGGACCUGGUGAACUGCAUAGUGGUACGAAAAGGUGCCCAAGGGGGAUGGAAAGCUUUAAGGGUAGAGAAGAGUGCAGAUUCUUGGGAGGAUGGAGGAAGAACCUCCCUGGAAGCUGACUGUUUGCAUCUCCGCCCUCUCAUUGGCACAGUCACAUCAUUUGAUGGAGAUGGUGGCUACAUAAGCAAUACCACAUACUUCUCACGCUACAGUCUUUGGGAAGGUUAUGAGCCAAUGAAAGGAGACUGGGUCCAAGCAAAAUAUUUUAUCAGUCCUACCCAGUGGACCACCCAGGCUCACUCUGUGGUCCCUUUACGCUAUUGCCGCCUAGAUCAGGUGCAAGUGACCAGUAUGUAUGGUAACAGUGGAGUGGUGGCAGACAGUGUGUUCUUCAGCAUGGACUCUUUGCUGCUGCCUGCCCACUACCAGCCUUUGCCAGGGCACCUUGUCAACUUGGUAAUGGUGGAAAGCAGUCAGUCCCUGUUUUGUUGGAGGGCCCUGUGUAUGGCACCCUGCUAUCAGAGUGUGAAUGUUUCCGCUAAACCUCCCUCAGAGCCCAAUUUCCAGAGCAUUUUGGAAAACAAGGGGGGGUUGGAUGUAACGGACUUUGGUCAGUUUGGAAACCUGUUGAUUGGGGAGAAACGACAGCUGGUCUUCUGGAUACAAAAUAAAGGUUCCGAUGGCCAGAGAUUGAAGUGCUGUGACUUUGCUGGCUGGGACUCAAAGGGACAAUUCACCCUGGUUACUUUAGGACUCACACCACUGAGACAGACACAACAGGCUUGUCAAGAAAUCUGCUCUGAGUCUGAAGAAAAACAUGUCGGUGAUGCAAAAGAGGAAGACAAAGAAAAUGAUAAGGCCCUGAAGGAGACUAUCCAUUCCCCCGAUGUGAGGAGAGAGGAUGAAGAGGUGGAAAUUCCACCAGGAGAGAGGCUGUCUGUUGUAGUGGCCUGUCAAGCAAAGAGUCUGGGAACCUGUGCUGAGCUGCUGUUGCUGCACUUCUCUUCUUUCACCAUCGGGAGGCGCCUAGAGGUCACAGUUAACAGCGAGGAAGAGAGCCUGCUGCAGCCCUCUGUGCCAUACAGUCCUGUUGAUGUGCGCCCGGUUUCAACAUUGCUGACUCGCGAGUUCACUGUCUGUGCGCCAAACACGCCCAGGCUUAUUAAGCAACGGUUGCCAAACUUCCUACCUAACUACCCAGUGCCCCAGGCUCUCAGAGACUGUGUGGAGGCACAGAGCGACGUGCUGGUAGUACAGCCCAGCCUGGGAGAGGUGCUGUCUGCAUUGAACAUGCAUGCACGAUUCAGUGCCCUUCUCUGGCUGGAAGAGCUGCAGGCAGAGAGGGAACUGAGAGAAUUCACAAUCAAUGGCGCCAUUCUCAGGAAAGGAGUGGGAUACCUGCACCUAGAGGUUCCUGGGUUGGCUGAAGGCAGACCCAGUCUCAAUUUAGGUGACAGAAUAGUGUUGAAGAAACCACAGAGUGACGGUGUGGUACUGAAGUACAUUAGUUAUGUCGCAGAGAUCAGUGAAGAGGAUGUGCGUUUAAGAGUGAGCUCAGAUUUUCAGCACAGCUACCUCGGAGAGCCACUCGAUGUUGAGUUCACUUACAACAGAUUGACCAUGAGGCGAUGUCACAAUGCAAUCGACCAAGCAAAAGACUUUGGGGAGAUUCUCUUCCCGACUAGAGUGACUGUACAGGCCCCUCUGUGGACAGGAAAGUGGAUAGAGGAGUCAGACAAAGAGAAAACAUUGGAGUACAAAGAGACUGCAGCCACAGAAAAUGGAAAGGUGUCAAACAUUUCCAUCGACAUGGAGUCAAAGGCUACACAAACUAAAGAUGGUAGCCUGUCAUCCAAGCCCAUCCCCAGCAAAGGGCACUUCUUUAACCCAGACCUGAACCCCCCCCAGAGAGAGGCAGUGAAGAGGAUCCUAGCAGGAGAGUGUCGACCUUGUCCUUAUGUGCUUUUUGGACCUCCGGGCACUGGAAAGACCAUCACCCUCAUAGAGGCCAUACUACAGGUUUACUACUUCGUGCCAAGUAGUCGGGUUCUCGUAUGUACUCCUUCCAACAGCGCCGCUGAUCUCAUCUGUGUCCGCCUGCACCACAGUGGCUUCUUGCACGCUGCAAGUUUGGCCCGUGUCAAUGCGUCCUGUAGGCAGGAUGAGUCCAUCCCAGAAGUGUUAAAACUGUACUCUAAGGCUGGAGAGGACAUCCGUCAUGCCUCCUUUCACAGGAUUGUGGUCAGCACCUGCUCCAGCGCUGGCAUGUUCCAUAAUUUAGGACUACAAGUGGGACAUUUUACCCACAUUUUUCUGGAUGAAGCCGGCCAGGCAACAGAACCAGAGUCCCUGAUCCCCAUAAGUCUUCUAUCGGUGAGAGAUGGACAGAUAGUUCUGGCUGGAGACCCCUGUCAGUUGGGCCCACUAGUUAAGUCCAAGCUGGCUGCUACCUUUGGCCUGGGUGUGUCUUUGCUGGAGAGGCUGAUGGCCAACCCAUUGUACUCCAGACACGACUGGGGAUAUAACCCUAUGCUGGUGACUAAGUUGAUCUACAACUAUCGUUCUCACGAGGCCUUGCUCACGCUGCCCUCCAAGCUCUUCUACCGGGGUGAACUGAGCUUUAAAGCCUCCAGGGCAAUAGUAGACUCUCUCUGCCAGUGGAAAACCCUGCCCAAGAAAGGCUUCCCACUCGUCAUCCAUGGAGUUAGGGGCAGAGAAAUGAGGGAAGGCAACAACCCAUCGUGGUUCAACCCAGCAGAAGCUGUACAGGUCAUGCUCUACUGCUGCCAGCUGGCCAAGAAGCUCUACAACCCUGUGGAUGUUUCUGACAUUGGCAUCGUUGCCCCAUACAAGAAACAAUGUGAGAAGAUUCGAGUUCUGCUGGGUAAGGUGGGCCUGUCUGACAUCAAAGUUGGCUCUGUGGAGGAGUUCCAGGGACAGGAGUUCCUGGUCAUCAUCAUGUCUACGGUGCGCUCUAAUGAGUCGGUAGAGAGCGAUGAUAUGCAGAGCGCGCUCGGCUUUCUAUCGAAUCCUAAACGCUUCAAUGUUGCAGUCACUCGUCCCAAAGCUCUGCUCCUAGUUGUUGGAAACCCCCACGUUCUCAUUAGGGAUCCGUGCUUCAGGGCCCUGCUGCAGUACUGUUUCCUCAACGGGGCAUAUCUGGGCUGCGACCCCCCUUCUUCCCUUAGAGACACUCAGAUUGUUACGGAGGAGCAAAGUAGUGCAUAAGAGGACGGAAGUGUAGUGGAUAGUGUGUGUGUGUGUGUGUAUAUACAAAUAUAUAUAUAUAUUUCUCCUUCACAUCUCCUUGGCUUGCCUCUCUUUUGACUGUUUGCAAAGUGAGUUGUAGCUGUCUUGAAAAGUGUCAACUUGAUUGAUUUGAAAAGUGAAAAUGUCUUGUUUCUGUGAAAGCCAAAUGCAGUUCCACUGUUGGGGAGAAAUAAAGAUGACACUCUUGUACACUGCACAAUUA